GAUGCGGCUUUAACGCUUAGUUGUGUAGCUCGGGCUCCCCAAGGGGAAUGGGUAAAGUGAAAGCGAAAACAGCGGAUCAGCUGACAGCCCGGACUUGGAGCGGAAGCAGCCGGGGGCCACUCUAAUACUCGGGUUUCUCCCGUCUUGCAGAAUGUCUGGAGCGAUCCUGCUCUUGUGUCUUUCCGGCGUGCAGCUCCUUCAGCCCGGGUGCUGCAGUGACCAGCAGCCGGAACUCGAAAGCCGAAACGCCACCGCCGCUCCCGAGAAGCUUUUUCUACAGUUUGUUACCAAGUACGGCCGGAGCUAUGCGCUGGGGAGCCCCCGGUUCCUUCAAACAUACCGAGUGUUCCAGGAGAACAUUCAGAGACAUUACAGCUUGAACCUUAUUUCUUCAAACUUGUCGAGUGGAAGCAAUUCUGCUAUCUAUGGAAUUAACCAGUUUUCUGAUAUAUCACCUGAAGUGUUCAGAGCAAAAUAUUUGGGUUCGAAACCAAUGCCGCUUCCAAAAUUCAUGUCAUUACUAAAGGACAGCAAGAAACCAGCAUUACCAGCAAAGUUCGACUGGCGAGACAAGAACGUUGUUACCUCUGUGCGAAAUCAAAGAUCAUGUGGAGGAUGCUGGGCUUUCAGUGUGGUGGAGAGUAUUGAAUCUGCUCUCGCGAUUAAAAGUGGAAAACUAAAGACUCUGAGUGCACAAGAAGUUAUAGAUUGUUCUUACAAAGAUGCUGGCUGCAAUGGUGGAUCACCAGUCAGUGCCCUGAAGUGGCUAAACCAGAGUAAAGCACGGUUGGUGGAAGAGUCUGUUUAUCCCUUCACUGCAAAGACUGGAAUAUGCCAUUACUUUCCAAAGUCCACAUUUGGUGUUUCAAUCAGGAACUAUAGGGCAUACAGCUUCAGAUACAAUGAGGAGGAACUGAUGCAGAAGCUAUUGGAAUGGGGACCUUUGGUGGCAGUUGUAGAUGCAGUCAGUUGGCAGGAUUAUCUGGGUGGCAUUAUACAGCACCAUUGCUCUCAUGAAGAACCAAAUCAUGCAGUAGUUAUCACUGGUUAUGACAAAACGGGUGAUAUUCCUUACUGGAUAAUAAGAAAUUCAUGGGGAACCAGCUGGGGAAUUAAUGGCUACGUAUAUGUCAAAAUGGGAAAAAAUGUUUGUGUUUGCCCCCUGAUGAGAACCAGUCAUAAUUUCCUGCAGCCUCAAAAGUAAUGAAGUUGAGAAGCAUCCACCCUUUCAUUGCUGAGGCUGGUGAGUCUUCAUGUCACUACACCCAUGAACAAAAGACUUGCAUUUAAUGUAUAUCUCCAGCAAAGUAUGUCCCAGUUAUUUAGUCCCACAGAAAGAGGCCAAAAGAAAAGUGGAUAGCUUGUAUGAUGAGUGAUGAUGUUUCUAGUAAGAUGGCGACACUUCUGGUAGGAUGGCGACAUGUACAAAUGCAGCAGCGUGUCGGGAGCCUAUCAAAGGUGUUCUUUCCUUUGUAAAAUGAGAUUUUUUUCCGAUCCAUAGACAAGUCCACUCAAAGAAUUUUGGGUACUGCAGGGCUAUUCCUAGUAGGCCUCCGUUAGUCUCGAUAGACCAUGGAUUUGCACCUUUGGAAAAUUUCCAGGGCACAAGCCUGGGCAAGGCAGUUACCAAAGCUGCAAGUCUUCCCUUUCCACACCACCGAUGUUGUCCAAGGGAAGGGUACUCCAUCAGUGAACUGCUUGUUGAUCACAGUAGCUGGACUGGUAUAGGCCAGCGUGUCAGAGAAGAGCCCGGCCAGGAUGUUGAAGGAGUCAGUUUGGGUUCGGAGGAGCCGAUCUGGCUUCGGACCAUGUUGCUGCCUCCUACUCAAAGGCAUCAGGGUUAGUGCGUGAAGGCAGCAUGCAGUAUAAACAUAGGGAUUGUCUUGGAUAUUUCACUUGUAAUCACAAAAUUCUGUAGGACAGUGAUAAUGUAAGUUGUAGUAGGCCGGUUACCCUUAUCUGGUGGAGCGACAGGCGACAUGGGAGCUGUGUAGCCUGGAUUGUAGCAAGGACUAGGCCUCAAGUCUCAGGCUUGCCUGCUGUUGCAGACCAGUCGAGAAGAUGUGCGGAAGUGUUACAGCAUGGUGCCCGUGCCUCUCCCGUUGGUGCUACCCCCAUGUGUUCAAGUGGUGGAAUGACAGGCUGGUUUGCAUGUGUCUGCACACUCAUGGGAGACUAACAUCAAUUGCCAGACAUCGUUGCUCAGGUUCUUGUCCAGAUAUAUGUUUUUUCUUGAGGGCAUAUGUUUCUUUGCUCGCUAUUUUGAAUGUCGCUUGUUCUUUUGAAUGUUUUCCACCUUGGCUCCAGAGGAAUGCUGUUCCAUUCAGCUGAAUGUAUGGUUGAAUGAUAAUUAAACUUGAUUUGGUUUUGAUUUGAUUUGAAACCCUCAUAGUCACUUUCUGCUGCUAGAACUUCACUAAAGUCACACAAUUGUGAUUUGGACACAGGAGUGCCAAUACCAAACAAAGG